GUGUAUAUAUAUAUAUAUAUAAUAUAUGCUUGCAAAAAGAAAUUUAUCGUUAAUUAAAGAAAAACAUUCUUUUUUAAAUCUGUUCAAAUAGUUAUUGAGAAUAUGAAGUUGAAAACAUCGAUUGUUAUUCUGUUCAUACAAAUUAACUUGUUAUAUAAUAUAUAUAGUUUCUAUGCAUAGAGAUUGUAUUCCCAAUUCAUGUGAAUUGGGCCGGCUGUGUUAACGGCUUAACAUGGCCUAACAUUAUCUUCUUCGAUCGCAUUAUAUGACAGUGGCUUGCUAUGGUCUUUUUAUGCACGUCACACUUGCUUACCAUACCAAUUACAUUUUAAACAAUUAAUCAAUGUUGUUUCAAUAUUAAAUGCGCAUAUAUAUGUCUAAAUAUUAGUAUUUGGCAUAGCAUAAACUGAUUGCAUUAAAAGGAAAGAAAGAGUAAAUAAAUUACUAGAUUAUUAUUAUUAGUGAAACGAAGUGUACACCAUUUUUAAAAUACAGCUCACAAUAUCCCACAUUGACGGUCGAUAUAAAAACAAAAAUGGACUUUUUAUGCAGUUGUACAAAGUUCCAGAUGUGAUGUGUCACUUUUGAUGUGUAUGCUCCUUCCUUUUCUCUUAUCAUCUAUCUCUAUUCGUCGAACGGAGACGUGCGUGAAUAGCUCGAAAUUAAAAAAGAAACACAAUGGCAUUUCAUGAAUUAGUAGAAGGAGAAUGUGGUGUUCCCAGUUCAUUAAUUCGCCUUACAUCACAUUUUGUGAAAGAUCAUGGCUUCAAGGAAGAAGGAAUACAUCGUCCUUUUAUACCACCAGAAUCAUUUCAAGCCACAGAUUCUGAACAGUUAGUGAAACAAUUUAUCGAAGAAACGUCAUGUCCACAAACAUUUCGAAUGGAUAAUUUAUUACAAGAGAUGCGUGAAAUCGAUCAAAAUAUUCAACCACCUGUAGCAGCGCCAGGAGUAGUUAAGGAAUUAACUGGUUUAGAUACCUCUUGGGCAAAUCAAUAUUUAGAAUCUGGAAGACACUUUGAUGAACAUCACACGGAUGAUAUUUGGAAUACAUCAGUAAUAAAAAACAAUCAAAUUCCGAUCAUUCAAGCUCAAGAAACUCACGAAUUUGGAUUGGAUCCAAAAUGGGCAGAAGAAUAUUUAGAACAUAGCAUAGAUAAUGUAGAAAACAAUAUUCCCAAGCAUGAAGUAGCAGAAACAAUAGAAAAUAAUGAAAAUUCUAAUUUAGUGUAUUCUAAAUUUAUGAAAUUUAUGAGACAGGAGGGUGAAGUUCCAAUAAAAAAUGUUGAAUUGUCAUUACCAGAUUCUAAUAAUACAGAGGAUAAUUGGGCAGAAGGAUAUGUCAACCAAAAACGUAAUCAAAAUAUAUCUGAGAAUAGUAACAAUGAAAAUAAAGUUUUGAAUCAAGUAGAAGAAGAUUUAUCUGUAGCUGGUACUUGGAUCGAUGAAUUUGUAAAAGAAAAUAUAUUUUCUGCGGAUGUUGACAAUUACGAGUCUACAUUUUGGACGCGUCUUCAAAAUGAAUGGGAUAAGAUAUCAUCAUCGGAUGAUAUUUCUACCGUACAUCCAUGGAUAUCAGAAUAUGAAGCGUAUUACGAUCCAUUUAAGGAUUACGCGUUUCAUAAUGAGAAUCCCAUGAAGGAUUUACCUGAUGCAUUAGGGGAAGGUAUAAAAAGACUGAAUGUAGGUGAUUUAUCAAGUGCAGUUCUCUGUUUUGAAGCGGCGGUACAACAAGAUGAAAAUAAUUCUGAAGCUUGGUUACUUCUUGGCAAGACUCAAGCAGAAAAUGAACAAGAUCCCUUAGCUAUUUCUGCGUUAAAACGUUGCCUGAAACUUGACCCUUUAAAUGGGACAGCCCUUAUGGCCCUUGCAGUUUCUUAUACAAAUGAAUCUUAUCAAAAACAAGCAUGUUUAACACUAAAAGAAUGGCUAUUGAAGAAUGAGAAAUAUAAGCAUCUUUCGAUCUCAAAAACUGUCACAGAGCACAAUCCAAGAUCCAGUGUAUCAACAAUUUUAUUUGAUGAUGUACACAAGGAAGUACAAAAAUUAUAUAUACAAGCAGCUAGAAUGAUUCCUCGAGACCAAAUAGAUGCCGAUGUGCAAUGCGGUCUUGGUGUGUUAUUCAAUUUAUCCAGUGAAUAUGAUAAAGCUGCUGAUUGCUUUCAAGCUGCUUUACAAGUUCGACCUGAUAGAAAGUACGAUUUGCUUUUUUUUCCUAAGGAUUCUAGAUUAUGGAAUCGAUUAGGCGCGACAUUAGCCAAUGGUCAACGUUCAGAAGAAGCAAUAAAUGCGUACCAUCGUGCCUUAGAAUUAUCGCCAGGUUUUAUCAGAGCACGUUAUAAUCUUGGAAUCUCUUGUGUUAAUUUAGGAGCAUAUAAAGAAGCUGGAGAACAUUUACUAACAGCUUUGAAUCAACAAGCUGCUGGUAGAGGAAUUCAAGGAGAAUACAUAACACCUAAAGCAAUGUCGAACACGAUAUGGUCAACUCUCAGGCUAGUUUUAUCAUUGAUGCACAAAUAUCAUUUGAAUGAAGCUAUAGAAAAUAGAGAUUUGUCAAAGUUAAAUAAAGAAUUUGAGAUUGUAUAGGCAGUUCCUGCCUUUAGCAGAAAAUACAGAGAUAGCAAUGAUUUGAGCAUGAAAUAACUGCAUUAUUAUAUAUAAAGGCAUGUAUACUUCUGGAACCUCUGGGAUGUAGUUAUUAUAAAAGAAAUAUGGUUUUUUCAUUAUUGAGAUAUAGAAUAAAUGAAAUAAAAGAUAUUUUAAAUAAAUCACGAAACAGUUAUAUAUAUGCGUGUAAUUGUACAUGACAUAACGUUCAAACAACUUUUCUAUUUAUAUAUAUUUUGAUCUUACAAGGGUGAUUUUGAUACUAUAUUUACAUAUAUAUAACACACAUCAUGAAAAUAGUACUGGAACUUAACCACAAUGAAAUUUAUUAAUUGUUCUAAUACAUGAAUUAUUAAAUUCAACUGUAAUAAUCUUGUUGGAUGAAAAUAUUAUUACUUUCAUAACUCAGUUGUAAUAUCAUUAAAGUUAUCAUACUCAAUUAUGAAGUUGUUGUGAAGAAAAAGUUAUUAGCGAAGUUUAUUGUUGUGCCAAUUUAUUGUUGAGACAAAUAAUUCACUAUUCUAUACAGAUUAAAUGAAUGGAAAACACAGUGCGAUGAAAAAUAACACAAUUAUAUAAAUAAAAAAAUUAAUCUUUAAUUUUAAUAUAAAAAUCAUUACUCUCUAUGUAUUAAUGGAACAAUGCUGGCCAUUAUCCAAUAUUAAAUAAUAUAUCUCAUAUUAAUACAGUGUGACACGCUGCAUGAACUCUAACGCAAUUAUAUUGGAUUUAUAACAAAGAAAAAUUAUUCCUAAAGGCACAUCAAAAAGAGUUACAUAUUUUAUAAUACAAAUAUUAAUCGUGGAACACUAGGUUCUGUAGAAUUAAUAAAUUUAAUAAAAAAUAAUUAUUUUAACGAAGUUUACUACUUCUAUAAUACAUAUUAUUUUCCCUAUAGCAAAUAGGAUAUCAAAAUUCUAUAAUACAAGUAUAAAAAAAAAUCGAUAGUUAUAAUAUAAAUUAAACGAAAUAUGUAGUAUUUAAUGUUAUACUCGUAUUUAAUAUCAAUCGAUUCAUGUGUUUAAUAUAAAAAAAAAAUCUAUCGUUUUCAUUUCAAGAUAUUCAUGCUUUGUUUUUGCUUAUGAAAUAAAUUAAUGACGUUUUUUUUUAAUGACCUUUGUUCAUAAGAGGGUCGAGUAAUAUAUAUAUAUAUAUAUAUAUAUAUAUAUAUAUACACACAUAUAUAUGUGUGUGUAUAUAUGUAUAUAAAAUCACGUGUAUCUAAAAAUUCUUGACAUAUAUCAGCAGGAGAAUUACAAUCGCAAAUCUAUGUGUAUAAAUAGUUAUGUUACGCACUCAUAAAUAGUUAUUAAUGAUCAUUUACUAUCAUAUACAGAUAGAGAAGUUAAGAAUUAUUAGAUAAAAAAAUUUACAGAAAUAGUAAGACAUAACUCAGUUUUACUUUAACAAUGUAAAAUAUGCAAAAAUCUUGUAUUAUCUGAAUAUUAUUGUGUAUACCAUAUACUAUUUUAUUACACAUGCAUAAAUAUAGUUUUUAGCAGAAUUCUUACAAAUGAAAUAUAUCAAAAUUACAAGACACAUACUCAAUGUAAGAGAUUUCAUUUUAUCAAAUUUUUUAAUCAAAUACAUUAUUUUUAAGAAUAAGAAUUUGUUUAUCCUAUUUGCUUCAGAACAGUAUAUAUUUAAAUGUAAACUACAAUAGAUCUCUCUAUAUAGAACAUUGCAACAAUCGAUUAUAUCAUAAUUUUUUAUUUAUAUAUUCUCCUUUUUUUUUCUUUUUUCUUUUAAUUCAUUUCAAUUAAUUUAUAACAUUCCAUAAAUCAAAGGAUAUGCUCAACACGUUUUGAUAUAGAUAUACCUUUCAAAUAUUUGACGAAAAAUAGGAUGCUGUUGUUGGAAAGUACAUUCGUUUGAAAUUGAAAUAAUAUUAUACUAAUUAAUUUUUAUAUAUUAAUAAUGCCGAAUUAAUAUAAGAUAACAAUUUAUCGAAAUUAAUAUCACAGUAAAUUAUUUUAAAAUGUAGUAAAAUCUAACAGGAACAAACAAAUAACUCGAAUUUGGCAAUUGUCGAAAUAAAAAAAAAUUAUUAUCAAAGUAAAUAUAAAGACAGAACUAUACGGAUAAAAAAAAAUAUAUAUAUAUAUAUAUAUUUUUUUUUUUUUUUUUUAAUAGCAGUAUGUAAUACAUACAUGUUAUAGGAUGUAUUUUUCAAUCGGAUAUAUUUGAUUUCUAUUCCUUUCUUUGAAAUAGGUGUACUUUAUUAUAUUUAUGUAAUUUCAUAUAUAACUUUCUAAUUCCUUUAAUAAUUGUUAUAUACCUCCUCAAAUUUAUUUGUCUCUCUAUAUGUGAUUCACAAGUAAAAUUACCUAAGAUGAUUUUACAACUUCAAAGUUGAUAAUAAUUGUUGGCUAGUUUCUAUUAUUAAUGAUUUCACAUGAUCUGCAUGCAUAAUCUGAGUACACAUUUCAGUACAUUUUUGAAAAGCCAUCGCAUUAUCUUUUGGUAAAAUAUGAUGUAGACUUUUCAAAGGUAAAACGUGCGGUAAAUGAUGUAAAGUUUCUGCAAUUAUAAAUAAUUUCUAAGCAUUUUAAAAAAAGAAAUAAAAAAAAAAAAAAAAAAAAAAAAAAAUAAUUAUACCAAAUCAUAUGUAAAUAUUGUGCAGUUAUUCAAAAAUAAUUGUUUUUCCAUUUAUAACACAACUUACCCUUCAUGAUUUCGCUGUAUAAGCAAUGUAAUUCUGUUUGUUCAGUAAAUGCAGAAAUUCUACUCUGUAAUAACUCGAUAAGAUAUUUCCACUCUACUUCUUUUGUGUAUUUAUCCUGAAAUAAUCGAAACGAAAAUUUUAUAUAGCUUUCGCAUAAAAUAAGCUAAUAAAAAUAAUUAGUUUAAUGAAUAAGAUUCUUAUUUUACCUUUGCAUAUUGUAAAAUUGCUUGAGGACAAUUAUCUAUUAAAAUUAAUGUUACUUCUUCAGUAUCUUGUAUAUAUAAAGUCUUAAGUGAUAAACUGCCAUCAAUAUUUUGAGAUUCAAGAAAUUGUUUUACUUCCUGUAAACAUUCAAGAGGUAUAAAUUCAUAUGAUAGCACACAUUGUAAUUUGAACAAUUCAGGAUGAAUGGUUUUCCCUAUAUCAGACAUUGCAGUCAUAUUUAUGAAAUCUUUGAAAUCAUUGGUAGUUAAAAUAGCCUGAUAAUCCUUUGCAUAUGGAGGCAUUUUAUUUAAGUACUGUGGCCUGCAUUUUGCAAAUAUAAAAUCUCUGUCGAUAUUGUCUUUAUGUUCCUUGCCUUCGAUAUUGUACAUUUUUGUUUGCGUCAAUUUACCCAAGUAUGAACGUACUAAUAAUUUAAAUGCUUCUACCAUAGCAAAAUCGGAACGUAUUUUAUUUCUAUUUAUGUUAGAUAGAUCGAUCAUCGAUUUAACGUUAAAAUAAUUAUGGAAAUAUUUUUCUAUAAAAAUUUGUAAGGCUGCUGCAGCAUUGUGACCAUCUCUUCCAACGCGAGAAGGUAGAUACUCUAAAAAGGCUUGUAAGAUUUGAUGCAAAGAUAAACCAUUGUUAUCUUCUUCUAUUAUUUGUAUAAGUACCUCAGCAAAUGCAAUGGUUUUCUUAUGCAACAACAUUCCAGCAAAAUCUGAAAAUGUAGGGACUAGAGUACUUCUUUUCUUUACCGCUGUCAUCUCAAAUAAUAAAUCCCAGUGUUCCAAAAUCAUUUUUUUAAUGCAUUGUACAGAAACAUGUUCUAGGAUUUCUUCGGCAUGAUCUUGUUUUUGAUUUUGUACAUACAGCAAUGCUAAUGCAAGACGAAUUGGAUCGCAUAUCUCAUAUGAUAAUAGUAAAUUUAUUAACUUAUCUGUCAUGUAAUCUCUCAGUACCACACUUCCAAAAAUUAAUUUCAAUAAUUCCUGCUUUUUCAAUCUGCAGAUGAUCUCUAUAAUAUUGUGUCCUUGAAAUAGAGUAUCAGCUUCGGUGCCACAUCUCAUUAUCAACAGAAUGUCAGUUAAAAAUAUUAUAAGACCCGGUGCAUCCUGAGUUGACUUCCUCGAUAACACUUCAGAAGGUUUUAAGCCUGACAUCUUGUAAUAAGCAUCAUCGUCAUCAUUAUCAAAACCACAGUAAGAACUAUCUUUAGCUAAGCGUAUUAAUGCGUGAGCCUCACCCAAUAAAUGUCUAUAUGUACUUGGACUCGAUGAUUUAUGGCUUCUUGCAGCAUUUAGAAUAUCAUAAUAUACAGUCUCCAGCUUAGGUAGGAUUAAUGAAUAUAAUGUCCAAGAGUUGUCAGCUUUAGCUAAUAAAACUAAAUAACUUUU